UUUGAUUUUAUUUUUAUUCUUCUUAUUUAUAUAAUAAAAUCUUUAUUACUCGCCUUCUUUUUCUUAUUAUUAUUCUUCUUCAAAAUAUAAAAAAAAAAAUAAAAAUGACUAUAUCAUCCUUUCUUCCAAUCAAUGAAGUCGAACUUCAAGCUUUAAAGGAACGAUUUGAAAAGAAUGGACAAGGUCAUGUAUUUCAUUUCUUUGAUGAACUUGAGAUGGAACAACAAGCUCAACUGAUUUAUCAACUCUUGGAUCUUGAUGUAGAGCGAUUGAAUGAAAUUUACAAAACAGCUAUCAAGGGAGCUGAGGCAUCCGUCUUGAAUUCCAACACAACCUUUGAACCUUUACCAGAGGCUGUCUUUGACUCUGUUCUCAAGUCCUCACCUGAACAAAUCCGUGAUUGGGAAACAUUAGGUCUUUCAUUAAUUGCUCAAGGUAAGGUCGCUGUGAUCUUGAUGGCAGGUGGUCAGGGGACUCGUCUCGGUUCUUCUGAUCCAAAGGGCUGUUAUAACAUCAAUCUACCCUCUAAAAAAUCCCUCUUUCAACUUCAAGCUGAACGCAUCUUACGUCUUCAGGAUAUUGCUCGUCAAUAUCAAAGACCAUCUCAACUUAAGGAUUGUGUCAUUCCUUGGUAUAUCAUGACCUCAGGUCCUACUCAUGCUCCUACUUAUCAAUUCUUUGAAGCAAAUCACUUUUUUGGUCUCAAGAAAGAGAACAUUAUCUUUUUUGAACAAGGUACACUUCCAUGUUUGACCAUGGAUGGUAAGAUUAUUUUAGAAGCAAAAGAUAAGGUGGCUAUAGCACCUGAUGGUAAUGGAGGUAUUUAUGCAGCAGUCCAAAAUAAAGGUGUUAUCAAAUCAUUAAAAGAGCGAGGUAUCCUUUAUUCACAUUGUUACUGUGUCGAUAAUUGUCUUGCUCGAGUCGCUGAUCCCGUCUUUAUUGGCUAUUCUGUCUCGAAGGGGACUGAUUGUGGUGUGAAAGUAGUUAGUAAAGUAGCCCCCGAGGAGCCAGUAGGUGUUGUCUGUGUUCGUGAUGGUAAAUACAGUGUAGUCGAAUACUCUGAAAUCUCACAGGAGGUCUCUGAAAGGCGAACAGCAGAUGGUGCAUCCUUGUUAUUUGGAGCAGCUAAUAUUGCAAAUCAUUUCUUUUCAACUGAAUUUCUGGAACGUGUGCCUCAAUUUGCCUCACAACUCGAAUAUCACAUUGCUAAAAAGAAGAUCAAGUAUGUUGAUAUGUCUACAGGGGAAGUGGUUGUACCUAAAUCAAAUAGUGGUAUGAAACUAGAGUGCUUUGUCUUUGACGUCUUUCCUUUUGCAAAUCACUUUUCUGUACUUGAAGUUGAUCGUAAGGAUGAGUUUUCACCCCUCAAGAAUGCGCCUGGAACAGGUGCAGAUUGUCCUGAAACAUCGAGGAGAGAUAUCGUUGCACAACACGUGCGCUUUAUUGAAGCUGCAGGUGGUCAAGUAGAACAGGAUGGUAACUUUGAAGAGCUCGAAUUUGAAUUAUCCCCUUGGGUUUCUUAUGCUGGUGAAGGCCUUGCGGAUUUCGUUGCUGGGAAAAUAAUCAAGACUCCUGCUAUUAUUGAAACCAAAGAGGAUUUAAUUCGUUCCUUGAAUUAGAUUAAGAUUUUUUAAUAAUUUUGUGAAAAAAAAAAGAGCCUAUUUUUAGCUUUAUUUUAUUUUAUCCUAUCCCUUUGUACCCUCUUUUUUUUU